UUUAGUGGCGCGAGUACGAUAUUAUAUAGUUUGAAUUUCCUUCUCUCAUUUAUACAAAAUGUGGAAGUUAUGACUUUUUGUAAAUAUAAUGAUAUGCUAAGGCGCAGGCUGAAAGUCAUUAAUCAGUAUGUGCAAGUAUUUGCCGAUGAACAAGAACAGGACACUGCUACAGUUUUUAUAGUAAAGCCCAAGAACGAACAAGAGAAAGAAGAAUUACAUUUCAUUGGACGUCCGUCUGACGAUAACACUAAAAUUAGAGAUAUCGCGAAGAUGUACAAUGUCAUCGGACAGAUUUGUACCAUGGUCAACGAAGUAUUCAAUUUUCUCAUACUUGCAUUCCUGGCGACGACUUUCACAUAUAUAAUACUUAAUAUGUGGACAUGCUUACACUAUUACCGAAUAGGAUUGAAGGACUUGGGAAUGCUGAUAAAUAUUACAGGCUCCUUUUUCUUCUGGAUUUUGUACGUAGUGGUGAUAUCUAUAACUUGUGAGCGAUUGCUUCUGGUACGGAAUGAUACAAAGAUUCAAGUGAACAAGAUUGUCAUGAAUUAUGAUCUGCCUAAAUCAAUGAGGGAGCAAGCGAAAACUUUCAUGGAACUUAUAGAAGCAUGGCCAUUACGCAUCCAUGUAUUCGAUAUGUUUUCGGUAGACAUAUCGCUGAUGUUGAAGUUUAUAAGCGUAGCAACGACCUACUUGAUUGUCGUCAUUCAAAUGUUUAACUUGAUGUAG